CACAUGGUUGAUGAUAACCCUAAAACAAUCUAUUUUUUUCAGGUUGGAUGCUCAACCUUCCCAUUUCAUCUCUUUCAGACACAGAUUCUCCCCAAUGCCAAGACACAAUUUCACAGCAGUUACAGAGUUUACCUUUGAAGGUUUCUCCAUUUUUGGGUGGCAGCAUCGGCUCAUUCUUUUUUUGGUCUUCCUGGCCUUGUACCUGUUCACCCUUGCCAGCAAUGCUGUCAUCUUGAUGGUUAUUCACCUCAGCCACCAACUUCACACACCUAUGUACUUCUUCCUGAGUGUGCUGUCCAUUUCUGAGACCUGUUACACUGUGCCCAUCAUCCCCCGCAUGCUGUCUAGUCUCCUUAGCCCACAAAAAGCCAUCUCCAUUCCUGAGUGUGCCACUCAGCUCUUCUUCUAUCUCAUGUUUGGUGUCAGUAAUUGUUUCCUGCUCACAGCCAUGGGAUACGACCGCUAUGUGGCGAUCUGCAACCCCCUACAGUAUUCAGUCAUCAUGGGCAAAAAGGCUUGUAUAUAUUUGGCAAGUGGAUCCUGGAGCAUUGGUCUAAGCACAGCCAUCAUCCAGGUAUCUUCUGUGUUCAGCCUGCCUUUCUGCAAUGCCAACAUCAUUUCCCACUUCUUUUGUGAUAUUCGGCCCCUAAUGAAGCUCGCCUGUGCUGACACCACCAUUAAGGAGUUUAUUACUUUGCUUAUCAGUCUAUGUGUUCUUGUUCUUCCCAUGGUCUUGAUCUUCAUCUCCUAUGUCUUGAUUGUCACCACCAUCCUCAAGAUUGCAUCAGCUGAGGGCAGGAAAAAGGCCUUUGCCACUUGUGCCUCACACCUCACAGUGGUCACUGUCCACUAUGGUUGUACCUCCUUCAUCUACCUAAAACCCAAACCCCACAAUUCCCUGCAAGACAGACUUAUCUCUGUGACUUACACUGUCAUCACACCCCUGCUAAACCCUGUUGUGUACAGCCUGAGGAACAAAGAGGUCAAAGAUGCCUUGCUCAGAGCUUUGGGCAGAAAAUCCCUCUCUUAG